UUUUUUUGAGCAGAAAAAAACAUUUGUUCCAUAAAAAACACGAUUUUUUGAGAAAAUAAUUAAAAAUUUGUAAAAAAUCGAGAAUAUUUAUCAAAAAUGUCUAAAACAAAAGAUGUGCCGGCCUAUGUAUGCAUUAAUUGUGGCCAAAAAGUCAAGGAGUUGUUUAAGAAAUACAGCAAUACAGUGAAAACCGUAAAUUGUGAAAAAUGUCAUCAUAUAGCUGAUAAAUAUAUAGAAUUUGAGCCAGUAAUUAUAUUAGUAGAUUCUAUGCUUCUAUCCCAGCAGGCCUAUAGACAUGUUUUAUUUAAUCGUGAUUUUAAGCUAUUUUGGAAACUUUCUUUAAUGUUAUUACUAUUGGAAUCAUUUACCCUGUGGCGUGAGAAAAGAGAACAAACUCAUGAUGAUAUUUCACAAUCGAUAUUGGUCAAUGAACAUGGAUUUUAUUUGUGCUGUGGACAGAAUAUAUGCGAUUACCUUCUAUCCACCCUACUACUGCUCUUGGCCUCUAUUGCUCUGCGUAAAAACAUGAUCUUUAACAUGGGACUUAAAUCCUUUGGUUUUGUACUUUUAAAAGCCAAUGUUUUGGCCAAUUUUUCGAAAUUCUUUUUACUGCCCAUUAUAUUGUGGCGUGAAAAUACCACAGAUUUUGGUGCUGCUUUACAUCGUACUUUGGUAAUGGGUCAUCAUUUGUUUUCUCUGAUAUUUGUUUAUGUAGUGGUUACACGUUUUCGUGUUUUACAAGCGGCUCUUAUAGUUUUGCCUGUCUAUAUUAUUAAGGAGUUUAUAAUGCAAAAUUUAUCGGUAUAUAUGGAGGAACAGUUUUCGGAGAGUUGAAAAGAAAGAGGAAAGACUGCCUAAAAGUAUGACUUUUUUUCUUGUAUUAUGUAUUUAACUAAAUGGUUAAUAAAAAUGUUUGCUUGGUUUUUGGAAAUAAAUCUAAAUACGUUUUUUAAUCGGUUUCUUUGGAACAGAAUAUUAUUUUGGUCUCUAUACUAUAGUUUAAUUUAGUACACUGAGAGAAAUGAAUGUGUG